UUGAGGCUGAAGUUGACAAAGUUGAGAAUGAAGUUGAGACUAAAGUUGAUGAAGUUAAAGAUGAAGUGAAUGCUAUAAUUAGGGAAGAAAUAGAGGCUAUAAUCAGUAAAGGAAUAGAAACAAGUAGGGUAAGUGAAACUAUAUUAAAGGAUGUAGAUUCUAGUGAUAAAGAGAUAGAAUAUGAUGGUAAA